GUGUGUGUGUGUGUGUGUGUGGUCAGCAGCUCCUCCUCCUCAUCAGGUUUCUGUUCUCCUGUUCCCAGUGUAUGAUGGAAGGUCUCUGCAUUCUUCCUUUGAGUGUGUGUGUGUGUGUGUGUGUGUGUGUGUGUGUGUGUGUGUGCGUGUGAAAGAAAGCUAGAGAGGCAGUGUGUGUGAAGCUUCAGGUCUGUUCUCAGUGUAUGAUGGAGCGUCCCGGUGUUCUCCCUCUGCUGCUGCUCUGUGUGUGUGUUCUCCUCCAGCCGGCUGCGUCUCAAUCCUCCGCGGGCUCCAGAGCAGCAGCAGCAGCACAGCGCUCCCGCACCCACUGGGUCACCAACGGCCGGGUGUUCCAGCUGCGCAGCCGCGGGCCACAGUAUCAGCCGGCGGGCAGAGCAGAGGCAGCCCGACCAGAAGCUCCCGCAGCGGAGCAGAGGAACUCCAGCAGCAGAUCUGAGGAUGGGAUGGUGUCCGAUGACCCCUAUGACCCCUACAAAUCCAUCAGGAACAACCCCUACAACCCAUACUACAACUACUACGACUCCUACUACCGGCCCAGGCACCGCAGCACGCAGAGGCAUCACGGAUACGGGACCCGCUACUUCCAGAACGGUCUGCCGGAUCUGGUGGUGGACCCUUACCUGAUCCAGGUGUCCACGUAUGUGCAGAGAGUGCCGAUGUAUAACCUGCGGUGCGCGGCGGAGGAGAACUGCCUGGCCAGCUCAGCAUCAGGAGCUGCAGACUACGACACGCGGGUUCUGCUGAGGUUCCCUCAGCGUGUCAAGAACCAGGGAACAGCAGAUUUCCUGCCCAGCAAACCCAGAUACGCCUGGGAGUGGCACAGCUGUCAUAACCACUAUCACAGCAUGAACGAGUUCUGCCAUUACGAUCUGCUGGACUCCAGAACUCAACAGAGAGUGGCUGAAGGCCAUAAAGCCAGUUUCUGUCUGGAGGACACGUCCUGCGACCCGGGAUACCACCGGCGCUACGCCUGCACGUCCCACACACAGGUCAUUACUUCAGUUCAAGUCCUCUUUCAUCAAUUCAUCAAGUUUCUGUAGCGCUUUCACAGAUUAGAUUGUGUCAAAGCAGCUUAACAGAUGAAGUUUUCACAGUUUUCAGAGUUCAGCUCAGUUCAGUGUCAUGUAAAUGUGACUGCUGAAAGCCCAAACACUGAAGAGCAAAUCCAGCCAUGCACAAAACUACAGCACAACAAUGCAAACGGCAGCCCUAAUCACAGAGGACACCGAGAUGAUGAGCUGUAAUCUACUGU